AUGUGUGUGUGUGCGUGCGUGACGCGGGGAAUAUGCUUUAUGAAAAGAUGCCCCAAGUUAGCGUUGCUGGGAAGAUGGCCUGGGAGUUGAUGCUUUUUUUGCUUUUGGGGGGUGUGUGCGUCCUUUCCUCUGCUUAAUUUUAUUAAAGUGCUUAGUGGGAGAAACAAAGGUUGGAGGGGCUGCUGCUUUACUAGCUUUUGUUUACUUACAAUCAAGUUUUUCCUGUUCGGAGCAGGUGCGAAAGGAUGAGAAGCAUGUUGUGUUGGGUUUUUUUUUUUUUCCUCUCCCCCCCCCCUUAAUAAAACUAUUACAGACAAUUAACAGUAAAUGUUAUCUCCAAGGCUGUUUCUUUGGCUUGGGUUACCAAAAAGCCGAUCUGUUUGUUACAGCUGCUAGGAGGCUUUAGUUUACAGUAGCAUUCAAGUUUUUCCUGUUUUGAACAGGUUAUGAAGGAAGAAUGGAGUUUCCAGACCAUAGCCGCCAGUUGCUGCAGUGUCUGAGUCAGCAGCGUCACCAGGGCUUCCUGUGUGACUGUACUGUUUUAGUUGGAGAAGCUCAAUUCAGAGCUCACAGAGCCGUUCUUGCCUCUUGCAGUAUGUACUUCCAUCUUUUCUACAGGGACCAGUUAGACAAAAGGGAUAUUGUGCAUCUGAACAGUGACAUUGUCACAGCCCCUGCCUUCAGCCUGCUGCUCGAAUUCAUGUACGAGGGAAAGCUGGAAUUCAACAGUCUCCCAGUGGAAGAUGUGCUGGCUGCGGCGAGCUACCUUCACAUGUAUGACAUUGUGAAAGUCUGCAAGGGCAAGUUGAAAGAUAAAGAAUUAUGUUCGGAAGAGAAGAUUAAUGAUGAGGCGGCUAGUUUGGAGAAAGUGGAGCAUUUUCUAGAUGCCGGAGUGCCCCUGGUCCACGAGUUUGACCCAGGAAACAAACAAAAAUUCAGCGUUGCAGAAUACGAUAGAGCAGCAGGCAAAGAAAAGGUCAGCAGUCACCCCGCCUGGUCCUCUGAUCAUGUAAGUGUCAGCUCUGUGCCGACAGAGGCAGAACCGUGCGCCGCAGCAGCUGGAAAAACAAAGGCUAAUGUCAAUAGUUCCACAGGACCUUUGUCCCAAAGGUCUGUUAACCAUCCCCUGGCUUCGAGUGAUGUGGACUGCGCGCUGGAUUUGUCUUUCAAGCCCGUGCCGGGAAGAGAUUCCUUACACCCCUCCUAUGUCUUUGGACAGCUGGCUUCCGACAGCCAGCAGCAGGGUACCGAGCCACUUGUUAAAGAUGAACAAGACUUGCUGUCAGAUCAGGAGGACAGCGAAGCCAGGAGUCCAGAGAGUCAGCAUUUUGGGAAUUCAGCCAAAAGCCUAGUGACAGGGUUAGGACACAUGUUCGCGGGGAAUGGCAGCUCUCAUGCCCGAGAGGAGGAUAUAGAUCAAGAGCGAGACGAGAGCGAGGAUGACAUGGACUCGUCGGACAUCUCCUCGGGCGUCCUCGUGCCUCCUGGGCAUAUCUGCAUUUGUCCCCUCUGUAGCAAGGUGUUCCCAAGCCCGCACAUCCUUCAGCUGCACCUGAGCUCUCACUUCCGUGACAAGGACGGCUCCCGGACCCGCCUGUCCCCCGACGGGUCGGUCCCCACUUGCACCCUCUGCGGAAAGACUUUUUCCUGCAUGUACACGCUAAAGAGGCACGAGAGGACUCACUCGGGGGAGAAGCCCUACACCUGCGGCCAGUGUGGGAAGAGCUUCCAGUAUUCCCACAACCUCAGCCGCCACGCGGUCGUGCACACCAGGGAGAAACCCCACGGGUGCAAGUGGUGCGAGAGACGCUUCACGCAGUCCGGGGAUUUGUACAGACACAUCCGCAAAUUUCAUUGUGGCCUUGUAAAGUCCUUGGUUGUUUGAGAUGUGUGACUUUUGUUUUGUUUGUUUUGUUGGUUUGUUUGUUGUUUUUUUUUUUUGGGGUUUUUUUUAUAUAAAUAUCUAAUCCCCCCCACCCUUUUAAAACAAAACAGGAAAAAAAAAAAGGCAGCAUCUGAACUUUAAUUUUGUUUUUCUGCUCCCUUUAUUUUGUUUUGGUGAUAUUCACUUCAGGUAUAUGAUCUUUAAAAGAUGCAGUGGUAUAUACUCCAGAGGCCUUCUAAUGCACUCCUUCCAUCUUUCCAUCUCCCCCUUCCCCUGCCACCCUCCCUUUCUAGCACAGUCCUUUAGGUCUUCUCUUGUGCACCCAUGUUACAUUAUUAAUGUGAAAUGAUCUUAAGUAAUUUUGCAGUGAUUUAGCAUCAGUU